AUGCUCUUUAUAUCUGAUCCCCAGGAGCUAUUGCCCCAUUCCCUUGCAGAUUAUCACUAUGCCGGUAAGCAGGUUAAUGAGCAAUGCAUUGUUUUAAUUUUUUUUGCACAGUAUAGUUUUGUUACUAGCAGAUUGCACUUUCUGGCAUUAAUGUCUGGCGUAACUUCAAAAAGUAAAAUGUGAGCGUAGAAAGGAGAACUAUUUGUUGCACACAGCAUGGUAUUAAGGCAGCAUUGCUAAUCCUCUGUCAUUUAUAGAGGGCAGUGCAGUAAUGCUACAUUUCUUUCUCUAGAGGGCACUCCUAUAUCACAGAGCUGUUAUUCUAAUAAUGUUUAUGCAGAACACUGAAGCUGGAAAUAAGACUUCUAGAUCGGAAACCAAAUCAUGCUGACCAGAUCUCUAGUCCUUAGGUUUGUGGUUAUUGGUCCCCUUGAAUCACAGCCUAUUUUUAGUUUUAAACCUGUGUUAAAAACAGCAUUCUAUUGCUAAGGGUGUCCAGAAAUGUAGGAUGAAGUCUGAAAUACAAUGCCUGUCUGUGCUCAUUUGCAUAUCAUGCUGGGAAUUCUGGGAUAGUGGUGGACACGUUUCCUCUGAUUCUUUGUGCCCAAGGUGGACUUUUCCAAAGGUUCUAAUUGAGAUAUGAAUCCAAACCCACUGGCAGGUAAAUAACAUUGACCCUGUCAAGGGGUGAGAUCUAUUGCAGCAAGUGAACAGUCAGUUCUUGAAUUUCAUGUGUUGGAAGCAGGAAAAGUGUGGAUGCGAAAAGAUCUGAGUGACUUUGACAAGGGUCACAUUGUGAAAGCUAGACAACUGGGUCAGAGCAUCUCCAAAACGGCAAGCCCUGUGGGGUGUGCCUGGUAUGCAAUGGUUAGUACCUACCUAAAGUGGUAUACGGAAGGACAACAGGUGAACAAGCGUCAAGAUCAUGGGCACACAAGGCUCAUUGAUGCAAGUGGGGAGCGAAGACUAGCCCGUCUGGUCUGAUCACUUACUUCGACAUGUACCACUUACCUACAGAUUGUUACAGACCACGUACACCCAUUCAUGGCAAUAGUGUUCCCUGAUGGCAGUGGCCUCUCUCAGUAGGAGAAUGCACCCUGCCACACUGCAAAAAUUAUUCAGCAAUAGUUUGAAGAACAAAGAGGCCAAGGCAACAUCUUGACAAAAAGUACAAGUUUUUGCCAAAUUCCCGAGAUCUGAAUCUGAUUGAUCAUCUGUGGGAUGUGUGGAAACAACAAAUCUGAUCCAUGGAGGCCCCACCUCGCAACUUGCAGCAAUAAAAAAAAGGAUCUUCUGCUAAUGUCUUGGUGCCAAAUACCACAGGACAUGUUCAAAGACAUGCGUUCAGGACGCAUAAAAUGUGGAGUUGAUGCCUUGACACAUCAUAAUUACAUAGUUACAUAGCUGAAAAGAGACUUGCGUCCAUCAAGUUCAGCCUUCCGCACAUUUGUUUUUUGCUGUUGAUCCAAAAGAAGGCAAAAAACCCAGUUUGAAGCACUUCCAAUUUUGCAACAAGCUAGGAAAAAAAUUCCUUCUUGACCCCAGAAUUGCAGUCAGAUUUAUCCUUGGAUCAAGCAGUUAUUACCCUACAAGAUUAUAUCCAUGAAUAUUCUGUUUUUGCAAGUAUGCAUCUAGUAGCUGUUUGAACAUCUGUAUGGACUCUGAUAAAACCACUUCUUCAGGCAGAGAAUUCCAAAGGGGACCUACAUGAUAUUAGGCAGGUGGUUUUAAUGUUGUGACUGAUCAGUGUUGUGUUACCCCUCGCACCGAACCGUGAACAUGAACUAUAUGUUUUGUGCAAGACAAUGUCUCUUCAGUUAUUAUUGUGGUGCUACUUACAAAGUUGGCGUGGUGAUCCGAUAUUCCCUUGCAGAACUUUGGCGCAGCCUAAAUUUUAGUAACUUGAGCGCUGCUCGCAUUCGGAGCAUGUUCUUAAAUUCGCAGUUAAGGCGCUGCAUCACUUCCGGUUGGAUGUAGUCCUCUUCGCUCCAGCGUCCCCAUCCACGCACGUUCUGGGGUCCCAGGUGUGACGUGAACCAAUCAAAUCACACCUAACAUUAUAUAAAGUUCUUUGUUCCCAGUAACUGUGCCCUAUCAUGGUUUCUUUUCAUAGUACCUGUUUAGUGGGUUCCUUGCUCCUGUCUAUGUUUUCUGACUUUCAGUGUUUCAGUAACCAUUAUCUGACUAGUUUCUAUGUUUUUCUGUUAUUCUGUUUUCCUGAUCACGGAUAGGUAUUCGGUUAUUCUGUUUUUACAUUAUCCUGACCUAGGAGUGAAUUUUAAAAUGAUAUGUCAGCCACGCUAAUGUCCAUUAAUACGUUGUUCUACGUAGUUAGUAGUUAUCCUAAGCUCAGCGUUUUAAGGUAUCCUACUGUGACAAUUACAUUCUAAAGCCCAUAAUUCUACUUGAUUGAGGGUGCAGUGAGCUGAAAUGCAGCUGAUCUGGCUAACCCGCAUACACCAUAUGCCCAAAUAACAUCCAGUACGGACAUUGGAGACAGCUACUUUCUGCCAUAAUGUGUGACAAAUGAUAAUCUGUGCUCGGACUAACGCUAUGAUUUGUUCUUGGCGGCAUUCAGGGAGUGACCUAUGGACCGUGUCCGAGAGGAGAAUGUUUAGCAGGGCGUCCUCUGUUCACGGGAAGAAUUUCUCCUCUAUUCAGAGAUUGGUAAGACUGGGUACAGCAAACCAGAGACUUCAUUCACUAAAAGGUGAACAAUACAGGCUAAUUGCUAAGUAUCAAAAAAUCUCCAGAUUCUUUAUUGUGGCCUAAAUUGCAAACUGGGCAGACUUUUUUUUGUGAAAAACCCCUAAUGUAGCCUGUGUUUGCAAGAAGCACCUACUAAUGACCUUUACAUAUUCAAUUUGUUUGGACCCAUUCUCCUUGAACAAUGUAAAAUAUUACAAUGUAUUACUUUUCACCCUCCACAGAUUCCUUCAAAGAAUGUAUAUCAGUGCAUUGAGUACUAUUACACCUUUAAAAAACGCAUUAAAUCUUACAAUCGUCCAACUCCCACAGAAGAGAACAGUGCCAGCAGGGGGCAGUGUGACCGGCCAUGUAAUAAGGUAGACAAGGAAUCUUCGUGGAGUGUUUCGUGGCCUCAACAAACUCAUGUCUGAACAUUUUCUUUCUCCUCACACAGAACAAUCUGCCACGAGUGGUGUUAGAGGGGCAGCCGAAAAGCACAAACAACACCAGUAUUAUGGGACUGAAAGCAUGCAGGUGCGCGAUACCCAGCAGAGCUCAGGUGAAUUGGGGGCACGGAGUGCGUGCCUUCCCCUGA